UCUCGGCUAGAGUCGGCUAGUUCGCGACUUUUGUACGCGGCGGUGGUGCGGGCAGAAUCCGCGAAGACAAGAGCGAGAUAAGGCUUCCGAGUCGAAUGGUCGGCCGAUCGCGGAUGAUUUGUCAGAGAUAGUGGUGGCGUGCGCGAGCACCCACCGUCAGCAGGACAGCGCAGCGGGAGGGUUGAGGAUCGGCCGACGAUAGUGAUCUCGGUCGAGAGAGAAAGAAAAAGAAAGAGAGAGAGAGAAAAAGAAAGAAACGGAGAAAGAGAGAGAGAAAGAGAUAGAGUGAGGGAGCGAAUCGACGUGAACCUUGCCACGCUCGCGGACCGGGGAGCCUCGGUGGCGGCGAUUUCGGCAGUGGUGGUGAAUUUCCGGUACGGUGUCGUGACGGCCGCACCGUCCCGAGGACGAUCGUCGACGUCCCCGUCGUCGUCGUCGUCGUCCGCGGGCAGAGUGCGGAGGCGGUCUUUUUUCUCUUGAUGGCGCGAGUCGACGCGUCGGGGUCGGGGAGCGUGCGUGCCUCGUCGAAGAAGCGCGAGACGGAACGAGCGACGUGAGAGGUGGCCGACGACACGCGCCACCCGAGCCAACGAGCAGGAGCAUCGGCCGAGAAAAAACACGACGACGGACGCCCGUACACGCAGGCACACCUACGUGCACACAUACGUACAUACACACACGCGCACGCACGCACCCGAGUGCGUCACCGCCCAUAUGUGAUGUGUCCCGUGCGUGAGAGCGAAUGAGUAAUCAUGUACUGUCAGGACAAGGGUUCGACCGCCUCCAAGAGCAAAGAGGGGCCUGUGACAAUGCGAGAAAAAAAAGGUGGUGCUCUCAGCAGAGUACAAAAAUUAAAAAAGCGUCUCAGUCAUAGUUUUGGACGACUUUCUAUAUCAAAAGAAGAGGCUGAUGAUGCAGCAACCAGAGGCCAAUUGCCAUACAAUGGCUAUUCUGAGGAGUUCCUAGAUCGCUUGGAGCCAAAUGGCAACAUACCUGUGGAUAAAGAUCGUCGUUAUGAAUGGACAGGUGUGGGUGACCAUGAGAGAGUGCAUCGGCAGCUUUCGGUUUCUAGCGAUUCCAAGCUUCUCGAUGAAGAUAUACGGGAAGAAGCUAGGGUAAUCCUGCGGCCCCGACGUCCACCACGGCCCAAAUCUGAGGUUUUUCUCGGCCCGGAUCCACCUAGAAGAACUAAAAGAUUCUCCGCUUUUGGGGGAGAUUCUCCGUUCGGUAAAUCCGAGGCUUAUAUAAAACUGGAGCAGUUGGGAGAGGGAUCAUACGCCACAGUGUUCAAAGGCUACAGCCACCUCACUAAUCAGGUGGUGGCUCUUAAAGAAAUUAGACUGCAAGAGGAGGAAGGAGCUCCAUUUACUGCCAUUCGCGAGGCAAGUCUCCUCAAAGAGUUGAAACAUAGCAAUAUCGUGACUUUGCACGAUAUUAUUCAUACUCGCGAGACGCUCACCUUCGUAUUCGAAUACGUUCACACCGAUUUGUCGCAAUACAUGGAGAGGUAUGGAACCGGUAACGGAGGAUUAGACCCGCGUAAUGUUAAAUUGUUUCUUUUUCAAUUAUUGAGAGGACUGGCGUACUGUCAUCGCAGGAGAGUCCUGCAUAGAGAUGUAAAGCCGCAGAAUUUAUUAAUCAGCGAAAUAGGAGAACUUAAAUUGGCAGACUUUGGAUUAGCGAGAGCAAAAUCUGUGCCAUCGCAUACAUACUCGCACGAGGUCGUGACCUUAUGGUAUAGGCCGCCCGAUGUUCUCUUAGGUUCCACAGAGUACUCCACCUCGCUCGAUAUGUGGGGAGUAGGUUGCAUAUUUGUGGAAAUGUUAACUGGUGAACCGACAUUCCCAGGUGUACGUUGUACGUACGACCAACUCGAUAAGAUAUUUAAAGUGCUGGGUACACCCACCGAGGAAACUUGGCCGGGUGUCACGCAUUUGCCCGGAUAUAAGGCACAUAGACUGUUAUUUUAUCCACCGCGGAAACUGGGGCUCUCGUUUCCCCGGCUCUACGACAUCGCCGAAGGUGAUAGUAUGGCGUCGUCGCUCCUGCAACUGAAUCCUGAUCAACGGAUAGGAGCGGAAGAAGCGUUAGCACAUCCCUAUUUCGCUUCUCUUCCUAGGAAAUUAUACGAAUUACCUGACGAAGUGUCGAUAUUCAGCGUAGAAGGUUGUCACUUGUAUACAAACUCGAGGCACGGGUGCGCAGAUUCGCGUCACACGACUCUUAAGACUUGAGGUUAAAGCAAACGUUAAUGGAGUAAAUUAUAAGUAAAUUCGCAAUUUACACAUUGAGUGAAAUGUUCAUUCGUAUGAGAGAUCCAUAUGUUCAGAUACACAUACACAAUACACACACACACACACACACACACACAUACACAGGCGCACAUGCAUUAUUCCUACAAGCGUGUUAUUCGCUCUCUCUCAGGGCUGCUCUAUGAUUUUUCACCUUGUUCUUUUCAUACGUAAUAACAAAAAAUAUUCUUUUCUCCUUCUUUUCACUUUUUUUUUUCUCGAGAAUAUAUACGUAUCGAGGAAAUUAAUUAUUAAUUAACGACGAUAAGUCGUAACUGGUCACACAAGGAAACAAGAAAGUAAAGCUUACGGCUAAAAGUAAAAAAAAAAACGAUUUAUAAAGAUUUGCGCACGCUCGACUUAGAAAGCAAAAGCACGCACGACCCAUCCUCGCACUUCGUCCAAAUAUUAGAUUUAGAUCGAUACCAAUCAAAAAGAAAAGAAAAAAAUACCAUACCGCCGCCCUACGUCCCCCCGGAAUCCCAGCCCAAGCCAAAUAGGGCGGGCGGUCGCUGGUUAGCAAAACUAUUACGAAAUAAUUAAUUACUUAUCUUAGAAAAAUUGUGGAAGACCUGUAGCACUCUCUAUAUAAAACAAACUUUACUGCUGCUGCUUUCGAGCAUACGAUGUUGGUCGCUAAGACAAUUGAAAAUAUUGAUAGAUAAAAUAAAGAAUCGUUGUUCGAUUUAAAAAAAUAAUUAUUAGAUGUGAUGAUAGCGAAUAAGAAAUAGAAAGCUUAGGAAAGACAGCGAGUCAGUAUUAGUCAAAUGCCGUAGUUGCCAACAUCGCGAGAUGCAGUCAAAGAAACUAACUGAACGCUCAUCGUCGAUAGUACCGAUGGUAGUGAUUUAGAUAUAAGUGAUUAUAGCGUUAGAUCGUAUUUAAUAUCAAUCGAAGUUUCUCGACAAUGUCGCAACGUAGCAUAAAUAAUGAUAGCGAUUCGAGAAGACGAGGGUUACGGGGUAGCGAUUUUAGACUCGAAAUUUCAUUUGUUCAAUUCACUGCUAAUUAUUAUCAACGUUAGCCAAAUGGUGCUCGAAUUAUAAAACUGACGUGUUUAAUCGACCUCGUACUCGUGACGUAAUUAUUUAACGAGUAUCCGAUUUUUUAAAAAGUACCGGAUAUAAAGUAGCGUUGGCAAUAGUAGAAAUAGGAAAACGUAAGG